GGACGGAGAUACAUCCCACGCUGUUGUGGAAGCCACCCCCCUCCCUCGAUUUCGGCCCAGGAGCUUAUCUCGAGCCCUCAAAGUACCAAUCAGCGCCCCCCGUCAAAUCAAGCAACCCGCGCCGUUGCUCGCCGUUGCUGGGCGCGAGAAAACUGGAUCUGCGGAUCAUUUGUUAGGGCCGUAAACCGGUCCCGCCAAUCAUGGAUUAUCGCAGGACGUCCCUGGUCCUGAACCGUCAGCAGCUCCAACAGGCCAACAUCGAUUCGCACAUAUAUGUCAGUUUUGCCGGCCCAGGUGCCAGUGGGAACAAUGCCAAUGCCAUUCCCGCUGAUGCCUCCAAUAUGUGGUGGGAUGAGGAGCGAAUCGAGGCGACCGUCACCCGCCAGUUUGUAUUGUCCAAGCUACACCCCGAGGAUCAAGACCGCUUAGACGAGCCUCUGGGAUUUGGUGAUGGCCUCACAGACGAUACCUAUUGGGAAUGGAUAGAGUCGAAGGCCAAGCGCAUCUUUCUGAUUCUGGUUGAUCUUGGCGUUCCUGAUCAAAUUUUUGGCGUUAUUGAUGAUUCGUGGGAUGAUGAUGAUUUACCGGUGCCGUUGGACCAGGUCGAGCGACUCCGCCUGACAUACGAUAAAAACAAAAAGUUGGAGAAGAAGUUCUUUGUCCGUCAGUUUACGUAUCUCUUGAGGUAUCUUUCAAAGGGGGAGAAUGUAUGUUACGAUGACGAGGAGGUGGUGCCUCUCGAAUUGGCAGAGAAGAGACCCGUUGGCGCUGUGACUGGCCUCACGCAAAGCAAUGUGGACAAGGUACACCUUCCUGGGAGACCAGAUGACAUUCUCCUUCGUCGCCGAAUACCUCUUGGUGUAUCCCCGGGCUGUAUGCCUCAAGAGGAGUUCCUUUCUGGACUCGAACAGAUGAAAGCCAUCGAACAUAACCACCUGACAUCCCUAUGGGCGUCUUACACCUAUCAAGGAUAUGGCUACAUCCUCCUGACACCAGUCAAUGAUAACACUCUCAAGUCAUUCCUGACAAUAACACCACAAUCCAUCAAGAUUCUCCCCAAACAAGAACGACGCAUCCUUCUCCUGAAUUGGAUCCACUGCCUCGCCGACGCUCUCUCCUUUCUCCAUGCCCAGGGGCUUUCUCACCGCAAUAUCAAGCCGUCAAACGUUAUGCUCGACCUUGACAAUAACAUAUUCCUUGGUGAUAUAGGCAUCUUCCCGAAUCCCACUAUCACCGGCGAGAAACGCGGUUUUGACAAGGAGACCUACGAUUAUUCCGCUCCUGAACAAGCCCGACCUCCAACACCCGCACCCAUCCUCCUCCCUGUUUCACGUCCAGCAACCAGUAGUCGGAAUCCAGGUCCAGGUGCCUUCCACUCCAUAGCUAGCGCCUCCCCAUCUACUCCGACAUCUGCUACCUUCAACGACAGAGCUUCUGUAUCCACUAGCUCUACAGGUUCGAACCCGCCCACAAGCCCACAAUCAAAACGCAAUAGCCACUCGGGACCCAGACACGACCCUCAAAAAGCUGAUAUAUUCUCCCUUGGCACUAUCAUUCUCGAAAUCCUGACCUUCCUCCUAAAACGUGCCUCCCGAAACUUUGCGUCGCACCGCUCUUCCAAGAACAAAACUCCUGGUCGAGGCGGCGGGCUCCCUGAUUCUUCAUUCCACAAAAAUCUAGGACAAGUGGAGAGCUGGAUGAACACCCUCGCCAAAGACGCCAGCAAGAAAGAGGACACGAUUUUCAGAGGGGUAAGCCACAUCAUUUCGCUGGUAUCGCAAAUGUUGAACCCGAAUCCGGAUGAACGACCCACGGCCUCCUUUGUUGCAGAACGACUCUGCACCAUCCUAAUCGAGAAAUGCGGCUUGGGUACAUCUGAAGGAGUACCGAGCCGCAUCCAUUGCGACGCGCGUUCAUCGAACCCCGAGGAAUGGAAUUUCGGAUUCGAUCAACUGCGGCUUGCGUCUCAACGAGCGGCUGCCGAGGCAUGCGCGAGUGUUAAUCCGGCAGGGACGGAAAUGAGGACGAUGGCGCUGGGAAAUGGAGGAGUGAUUUAUGGGAUCGAAAAGAAGGAAGCGCCGAUGAGCCCCAAGGGAACGGAAGGCGAUCGCAUGAGCAUGAUGACGAAGACGAGUAGGAGUAGUGAGGGACGGAGCAGGACUGGGAGUGUAAGUUUGGUUGGGUCUGGGAAGGUGAAGCCGAAGGCCAGAGCGCACAAAGCUCCUAUCUAUGCUGAGCUUAGUUUCGCAUAAUGUCUCUGAAAAUGAAAGGUGAUGGGGCGUCUAUCCCCAAACCCGAAGACCAGAAGAGAAGAAAUCAGAAGGAACGGAAGAGGUGGAAUUAUAGCAUCAAGGGAACAUCUAACACCCAAAUUACUGCGGUCCGUAUAUCUAUCUAUCUAGUAACGACCUGACUCACGACAUGCUUCACGAUAUAUGCCCCACGAUUAAUGACGAGAACGAAAUGCCUGUUGCAGAAACAUGCGGAAGAAUAGGGCGGGUGUUUUGAUAUGUUUUUUUAUAUCUGAACUGGAGGCUUUUGUUUGCACUGGCUGCAACCAUAUUUUUUUGCAUGUAUAUAUAUUUUAAUCCACAUUAGCAGCG